CCCGGGUUAGUGAGUCGCCAUACGGUCUUGGGUUCGUUCUGUCACGUUUUGCUCGAAAAACGUUAAGGAUUCUUCUCUCAUCGAGCGACAGCAGGACGUUGCCGAACGAGUUUGGAGAAAACUGGAGCUGGAGUCUUGUGAUCCUCGCGUCCUUCAGGAUGGUGACGCCACCUCCACAACAAAGACACCUGCCAAAAAUCGACAGGAAAAAAAGAAGCGGCAGGUGGACGUUUUUGACUUUGAGGACAGUCAGGAUGAUGACGGCGACUCCCCAACCAAGAUGCCUCCAAAAAGUCCCUGCCUGGACACGACUCUCGCAUCCUGUGCCGUGUCGAGUCCGAGUGUGGGCGCUUCGCUCAUGCUGCUGACUCAGCGGUUUGUAAAGAUGCUGGACUGCGCUGCUGAUGGUGUUUUGGACCUAAAUAUUGCCAGCUGGGAGCUCAAUAUUUCCAAGCGUUGCAUCUACAAUAUCGCCAGGGCUUUGGAGGGGAUCAACCUUGUCAAGAAAAAGAACAACAAAGUGGAGUGGCUGGGCAGACAAACAAAUGUUUCCUUAAAUCCGGAGUUGGAAGCUCUGCAGGAUGAGGAGAAGAAGCUGGAUGAGUUGAUCGAAGGCUGCAUGCAACAUAUUUAUGAGAUGUAUGGGGACGUUAACAUGUGGAAAUUUGCUUACGUGACUUAUGAGGACGUGCAAAACAUUCCCAGUUUGAAAGAACAGACUGUGAUUGCCAUCAAAGCACCUGCAGGGACAAAAGUAGAGGUGGCCCACCCAGAGCAGAACCUUCAGGUUCGUGUCUGCAGCUUCUUCGGGCCAGUUCAUGCCUUUGUCUGCUCGGAUAUGGAUAUGGAGAGCUCUACUUCCACCUCCCUUCCUGACGCCCACCUUGUUUUGCCGUCAUGUGAUUCGUCUUUAUCUCGGGUGUCUUCUAAAGAUGACACUGACCGCACUUCGGAAGGUAACACUGCCUCAAAACCGCCGUCGGAGAUGUCGGCAAACCUCCCGCCUGUUGUCACCAGCGCCUCCCCGCUUCAGGACCGUGAGAGUGCUCGCUGCGUCGUUUCAUCACUUCCGGUCUGUGUUAGAGGGGAGGAUGACCUCAGCCUGGUGAAGGAUGACAGCACCACCGACGUUUUGUCUUCUGACUUAGAACCGGACUUUCUCUGACCUGCCUCGCCCUGAAAUGACACGCAGUUUUAAAGCAUUAGUGGAAAAUGAAGAACGAAGUGGUGAUUGUACUGUGAAGUUAUUUUUUUGUUACCCGCAUUCUCUUAUGUCAGACUUGGUUUGUAUAUUGUUUGCCAGCGGGUUUAGCAUUUCAUUGGAGAGGCUAAAGGACGGGUUACACCAGAUCCUAGUAUUUAGUAUUUAUGACCACGUGGCUUCCUUUGCCGUGUGGCGGAAAUUUUCCGAAUACGAACAGAUUUGCAGCAUCUUAUUUAUUGGACUGUGAAGGCUGAUUAUGAUUCAGCUCAGGUUAGCAUUAGCCACAGGUUAGUGUGUCAGUGUAUGCUAAUGCUAAAGGUGGUUAGCUGUUCUGUUGACAUAGUAUAGCAGAAACAGCGGUACGCUGCAGAUCUGCUUAUUUUGAGUCAUUUUAACUUGUGACAUGUUGAGGAGCUUUUAUUGUGGGAUCAAAUACGCUUCUUGUCAAUCUGAGCGUUGCUACGUGACCAACAGCAACGCAACAUGUAAGUAUCUGGAAAAACCACACGGCUGGUACUUUCCUAUACAAGUUGUUUUAAGGAAGAUUAUUUCUCAUUUGGCAAAGCAUUAACUUUAUUUGCGUUACAUUGGGAAAAGGUUGUGUUGGAUUGUGUUAAAUUAAUGCCAUUUUUUGUUGUUUCUUCAGCUUGAUUUGGUUAUAAGUCAGACAUUAAAAUCAUGAAUACUGA